UGUUGUGUGUGUAGACACCGCUCUGUGCCCUGCUGAGAGGAUUUUCACUGUACUUUAUUCUGGGUAGUGUUUUUACAGUACAAAAAACAACGAAAUUAUUCUUUACACUAUCGGAUUAUCUAAUUACUAAGCAUAGAUUUUUGUAGCCUCUAACCUUCAAGGUCAUUUGUUCAAUCAGAGUUCAAGGUGCUGUAGAUUCACUUGGCAGAGAUUAAUGGAUUUAUGAUCCCCUGGUUCAGUACAUUACAUUUUAUAUUAGUGCUAGCUACCUUACAAUGAAGGCUGUUUGUUUCCGUCAAGCUGACCCUAAAGCCGUCCAGGUACUGUGGGAAGCCAUCACAAAUGUCCGCCAACAAAAGCAAGUGGCUAACCUGGAACGUAUCGCACGAUAUCUGAUAAGGCAGCAUGGCUACGCCUAUAAAUAUGUCCAGCAACAACUUGCACUUGCUGUUAAAGAUGAACUGGUUGUCAAAGAUAUCUCGCGUUCAAAAAAGGGUUCUCGUGCAGGCUCAGAACAAGAAGGGUUCUGGUGUGUUAAAGCACAGGAGGAAGAGAGUGACGCUAGCCAUGAUUGGUACUGUAUAGAAUGCCACAAGGGUGGGGAUGUGGUUUGUUGUUCCAGUUGCCACAGGGUGUGUCACAUUGAAUGUCUGGCAGAAGAAGACCAGGAGAAGCAAGAGUGGACGUGUCAGGUUUGUCAAGGAGGAAAGAAAUGCAAACUUGGACUCAGCAAAUCAGAAAUAAGCGACAUGAUUUCACAUGUGCUGGCAAGAAUGAAAGAAAAGGCAGCCAGAGAGUUGCAGAAAAAAUUGAAUUUGGAUGAUAUGCCCAACUAUUAUAAUUUGGUCUACAAACAUAUGGAUUUUAACAUAAUGAUGCAGAAAAUAGAGAACGAAGAAUACCAAACACUUGAGGAAUUCCAAGGAGAUGCUGAAACGGUUCUGCAUGUAGCUGCAGUCUAUCAUGGCGUUGAUAGUGAUAAGGCUGAACUCUGUAGGAUUGUCUUGGAAGACUGCAAGUACGAUCUUGAUGAGGUGCGUAUCUGUAAGGAUUGCUAUGAGGCAUCCAAUUCAAGAAAAGAUAGCAUGUGGUUUUGCCGGCCUUGUGAUCCAGUCCAUGAGGCGGUAUGGGCACAGUUGAAAGGUUUUGGAUACUGGCCAGCUAAAGUACUGCGGAAACAAGCUGGUCAAGUCGAUGUUCGCUUCUUCGGUAGCCGUCACCAACGUGCCUGGAUUUCUGAGGUGAAUAUUAAACCAAUUGACACAAAUGUGAAGACAAUCAACGUGAAGAUGACCUCAUCUUGGAAAAAUGCCAAGAAGGAAAUGGAUAACUACAUGAAGAAUUGUGGGAUUAAGAAACCAAGGAAAAGACCUCGGGAAGAAAACAGUAGUGAAAGUGAACAAUCUAUUUCCAGUUCAAUUAACAUUCCCAACGCUGACCAGGAUCAUGCCGUGUCAACUAGCCAAGCUUUGUCAGAGGACGAACCUCCUGCUCUAAAAAAGUGUCGAAAUAUUAAUGUAGUUGAAGAACUUACACCUGUUAUAAAUAAGGAAAGCGGCUGUGAAUGCCACGAAAAAUACAGCACGAUCUUCUCAGAUUUUAAAGCACGCUUAGAGUUGGAGCAUCAAACAAGUAAAGAAAGGGCAGUCACCUCAGCUGUUGACAAGCUUAAGAAGAAAAUGGAAGAAGAGAAAAAGAAAGCUGUUUUGGCAGAACGUGAAAGCAUGCAAAAAGAGUUGACGAGAAUAACCGAGGAGUUCGAUAGAUACAAGGAAGAGACAGAGGAAGAAGCAAAAUUAUUGAUGGAGAAGCACAGAGAGGAAAUAUCCAACACCAAAAAGCGCCAGUGGUGCAUCAAUUGUGAACAAGAGGCAAUGUAUCAUUGUUGUUGGAACACAUCAUAUUGCAGCAUCAACUGCCAACAAGGUCACUGGCACAAGGAACACAAGAAACUCUGUCGACGCAAACGUUAACAAUAUCACCAUACAAGAAACGUUAAUAUUACUACAGAAGCAUUGUAUAUACAGCAGAUUUAUAUAAAUGUUAUAUAAUUUUCAUUCAUUGACAUAAAUAUUUCACAUAUUUUUGUUGUUAUUUGGCACCAUUUUGAUUGUUGAUAUUUUUUUUAUAGUUUAACCACCUUUCUCAGAAACUGUUUCAUUAUUUUAGAAUAUUGAGCAGCUACUGUAAGUGAUAGUCUGUGCUUGUGUGUGUGUGUAUAUACUGACGCCGAAGAGAGUAAAAGUAUUAAGUUUAACGAUAUUUCCAUAAAGGUAUAUAACUGUUUGAUAGAAAUUUAUAUGAGAUUAUUUUAUAAUCAACAGUAGAGUCAAAAUGUCAAUUAGUGGUAUUUCAUUGCAGCUGAUUCACAUACAUCUACUAAUUCAUAAUCUUUUGGUAGAUCUUUUCAGCACUAUCAGUUUAACAGUGUUUUAUGGUACUGUAAUUUUUGUCUUAUAUAUCUAUUACUCAAUAUAAUUGGUUUUUUUUGCUGCUGGCAUCUCAAGAUUUAAAAAAAAACGAUUGUGGGUCUGUCCAGCUAACUUGUUUAAGGCUCUCGAUAGAGAGAUUUCGCACACGAACGAAUACGAUGAUGUUACACUAACCGUAUGCGUUCGCAUGCGAAACUGCCCUAUUACCUGAGAUUUUUACCCAAAGUUCUACAUUAGCUUUUAAUGUUCCAGAACAAGGGCUUAUGGCUUUAGCAGUAUGUUUUUCAUCAGUUCAUAGUAGGUUUAUAUGUCAAGUACACUGUGCUUAGUGUAAGUUCACUACUUUUGCGUUAGUGUCCUAUAUCCUAAGUACAGUACUAAGUUGAAUUUAAUUGCAUCAAUUUUACUAAAUUUUGUACGGCAAUUUGACAAAAACAUAUCAACGAUUACUAAGUUGAAUUUAAUUGCACCACUUUUACUAAAUUUUGUACUGCAAUUUGACAAAAACAUAUCAACGAUUACUAAGUUGAAUUUAAUUGCACCACUUUUACUAAAUUUUGUACUGCAAUUUGACAAAAACAUUAUGACGAUUACUAAGUUGAACUUGUAUUUACUGUAAAUAUUCCAGAAUGUGGAAACAGCUUUAGCUUCUUAUGAUUAUCUUAAAUAAUGAAGUACUAUCAUAAAAUAAUGAGAACUCAUAAUACUCUCUACUCAGUAGUUUGAGGUGGUAUAAAUUGUACAUUGUGUAAAUUUAUAAAUAUCUAUAUAUUUGUCAUUAGUAUGUUAGCUUCUCUAGCAUUGCUCCCACUUAUCCUGGUUUAUUCAGGAAUCUAAUCACUUUUAACAUGGACCAUCCUGGUUUUCCAGGUGUGAUUUCUGUAUAUUAUUGUCACAUUUUAGAAAAAAAAAAAGUGUACAUAUGUAGGGAUAUACUGUCUUGUUUCAGCUAAUAAACAAUACAAUUUAAAUUAUGAAUUGCUUAACUUUUGUAAGUAAAAUAUUAGCUCCAAUUAAAGAUUAAUAAGAAAACAAUUGUUUUACUUGGCAAUUGACAGGCACAACUAACAAUCAAAUAAGCCAUCUUGUUGUUUUAAGUAUGCAUGUCAUGUCAAAGGUCAUGGCAUAAAAAGCAUUUAUAUUGCUUAUAUUAUUGUCUGCAUUUUUGUUCCAUUAUAUACUUACAGUUUGUUGACAUUUACUGUAAAUAUUAACCAAUAGCGGUAGCCAAUCUUUAAUAACUUAAUUAACUACCAAAUGGGUUGGGUUAAAAAAUAAUUUGUGUUUGCCCAAGCCUAGUUGACCCUAAUUUUUGUAAUGAAAACAAAACAAACCAGAAAACAGCUCUGAUUUCAAAAUGUCACUAUGCUUAAGCAAAUACAAUAUUUUUUUGGCCUUAUUUUUAGUAUUUUUGUGUAGACCCCUAAAUUGACUAUUUUCUUGUAUAAACGGAUUUGUUUGAACAUCUAAUUUGACAUUCAUAACUCAUUUUAUAUACUGUAUGUAAAUGAGCAAUUCAGUGUUUUAAUUAAAUGUUUGUAAUUAAAAAAAAAAAAUUACAAUAUGUAUCACUUACAAUGUCAAAAUAUGAGAAUGUUUCUAUUUUUCCAUGAAUAUUUUGUUAAAAUCGAGUUCGAAACAAAAUAUUCAACAAUAAUUUUUGUUUUGAUUUAAUUUCCUUCCAUUAUUUUGUCUUAGGUACAAUUGUCGAUUUAAAUUUUCUUUUUAAUAGAUUAGUUUUUUCUCUAUAAAAUGACUGGCGUGUAGUGACAACAUGUUUUAAAUCCUAUAGAUACUUAAUUGUUUUUUUCUGGCUUUGGUGCCUUAGAAUGUUUUUUCAAAAGAAGUGGUUAAAAACCGAUGAUUUAAUUUUUAAGAAAUUGAUUUAAAAAAUGAUUAAGAUAGCACUAUUUCUUGAAGUGGUGCUUUAUAUGAAUUUGUUAUUUAGCUUUUGUUUUUUGUGUAAUAUACUUUUUUCUUUGGCCAGUGUAUACAUUGAGUGUAGAGAAGGUUUGGUUUACCAUGUAGUAUCACAUUAGUAUUCCUCAGUUCCUGAAAUAUUAUUCACUGCAGACAAGACUCUAUAGAAUCCAGUUUGAACAAAUUUAGAAUUGAGAUGUAAUGGGUCAACAAGGAAAUUGAAUAGGUUUAUGAUAGAUUGGAACAUGUUUAAAGAGGUUACGAAUUAAUGAGUAUAAGCAUCCAUUUUGAAGAGGUGAAUGACCUAGAUUGAGGUUGUGUAUGUCCAGUUUGAACAGGUUAAGGAUCCAAUUUGAAGACGUUAAUGACCUAGAUUGAGGUUGUGUAUCCAGUUUGAACAGGUUACGUUAAGGAUCCAGUUUGAAGAGGUUAAUGUUAGAUUGAGCUUGUGUAUCCAGUUUGAACAGGUUAACAAUCCAGGUUUAACAGGUUAACAAUCCAGGUUUAACAGGUUUAUGUGCAGAAAGUAAAUUCCAAUUGAUGUGUAUGUUCACUGGCUUUAGAGUAACAUUCCAUGUAUAUAAUACAUAAAAAUAUAUAUUAAUUUAUCUAAUAUACGGUUAAGGCAUAUUCAACAUUUUGAUACAUUUGUAAAUGCAUACAUCUGAAACUCUAAAAUAGUAGCAUGAAAUGUUAUUAUUUUAUUAUUUUUUAAUACUGUAGUAAGAAAUAUGAAAAAUAUAUUCACUAGGAGGACAAUAAGACUAAAUACUAACAUUGAUCAUAGGUUAAAUGAAUUAUACUUGUUAAGCAAGUGUUAAAAACCAGAUCAUCUUAAAAAUCAUGAUUUUUGCUUUUCCUGGCUAAGGCACAAUGCCAUAAUAAUUGUAAAUGAUAUAUAUACAGUGAAUGCAAGCAGUAUUUUCAUUCUGUGAAUAAAUUUAAAUUAGAUAUUGAA